AUGCUAUUUCUUACCCUACUCAAUCAUACUUUGCCUUCUGGUGCAAAAUUACUUAAAGAUACUACUAAAGUAUCCGAGUUGUCUGGUAAUGAGCCCAAGAGUAGGCAUGCUUGCAUCUCAUCUUCAAGAGUUAGGCUUGCUGAAAUUAAUUGCGUGACCAGGCCUUCAAAGUCAUUCGGGUGCUCCGCUACGGAUCGUCCCUCUUUCAGUUUCAAAUUCAUGAGUUUCCGCUUCAUGAAUAUUUUUUAUUGUGCAUUCUUUGUCUCGUACAUACUCUCUAGUUUCUUCCAAAGAGUUUGGGGAUUUGUUUCUUUGGAUACUUGA